UGAAUUUCCUGUUUGUCAGUUCUGUCACUGUCAAUGGACAAUCCGUCUGCAAAGUUUUCACCACGAGCCCGAAGAGAACUAAUAAGUUUUUAUUGAUCUGCUUUUCGAAAGAGUUAUUAUUACCAUAUUAAAGACAAUCAUGAACAGAACAUUGUCAAAACUCCAUAUGAAACGAUACGUUAUGCUCGGCCGUGUCGCACCAUCUACAAUCCGAUGCAUGUCUACCAAAAUUGAAGAUGUUUCUACGCAUACAGGCCAAAAAUGGCAAUCUGAUGACUACAGGCUAGUACGAUUUAUGAAUGCCCCUAAGCAAGUCAACCCCAACUGGGCAGUCAACUUAAUAGCAGAAGUACCACCAAAAGAAGUCAAGGAAAGGGUAGUGUGGUGUGAUGGUGGCAGUGGACCUGAGGGCCAUCCUCGAGUCUAUAUUAACUUGGACAAACCUGGUGAUCACUCCUGCGGAUACUGUGGACUGCGCUUUGUAAAAAAAGACGGUCACUAAAUGAAACAAAAAAAACAGCUAGAAGUUUGUACUACAGUCUCGAGCAAUAAAAUAACAACACAUCUAAAUAUCCAAAUUGUGUUUGUUUUGUUUACAUCAUUGAAAUAACUGAAACAAAAAUGUUGCUCACAUACUUAGCUGAAGUUAGAUUUUUUAGGGAAUGCAUUGUGACAAUGUACCUACCUAUUGGGUGACUGGUAUUUUUAUAACCGAUACUUGAACACAUGAACUUUUCUAAAACUUGUUAGUUAAUCGAUGCUUCUUGUGAUUAAGCUCAUGCAAAUAAAAUAGUUUCUGUGGGAAAGUUCUUUGUAGUCAUGAUUACAACCAUGUGUUCAAGUAUCUAUCGGUCAGUAUUACCAGUCACCCUAUACACAUGUCACAGUGCAUUAUAUUCUCAUGAAUGACUGCAGUUACUGUACCUAUGUAUUCCUUACGUAGUUUCUUAAAAAUUGCUUUGUUAUAGUAGUUGUUGAAUAAACUGAAAGUUAAAUAUUUAUUUCAUUUU